AUGACAUGGUCAGACCAUUGCCCCCUCCACCUGCGGGUACGCACUCCCCUGUUCCGGCCCCACCAAUCUUCGUGGCACCUGAACGAAUCCAUCCUGUCAGACACACUGAUGAUGGAAACGGCAAGAAAGACCCUGCAGGAUUACAUUGCUGACAACGAGAUGGGAGACACUACUCCCCUGAUGUGCUGGGAUGCCCACAAAGCGGUCAUCCGCAGGUACUACAUAGCGGUCUGCUCAAAGCGCAAGAAGGAAUUGAUGCAAGCGAUCCUGGACCUCAGCUGA